AUGGAAAUAGAAGAGGCCAAAACAGAAAGCAAAGGAAUGAAAUACUGUGAGUCUUUGCAUUUCUUCAGAGUCCUUAAUGGCUCUAUUGCAUGCUCACCUCGCCCUACUCUUAAAGCUAUUCAAUUAUUCCGAAAACUGUCCUUGUGCACCACAGUGGUCACUUUACUAUCUCCUUCAGAAACCCCAAACCAAAUUAAAAGAGCAUGCAAAGCCCAAAAGCUGAAAUGGACCUGAAUUCCUAUUAAAGCUGUAAGCAGAAAAUUGCUUCACGAAAAAGCGAUCCAUAAUGAUAUAAAAAAAGGCUUAUUAGAAGUAAGAAACCAUCUGAUGAAUGGAGAAAAAAUUUUGAUUCACUGUGCUGCAGGAAUACACAGGACAGGAGCUUUUACUUAUACGCUGCUAAGAAUUAGUGGGCUUUCUCAAGAUGAAGCUUUUAGUGCAAUUAGAGAAAUUAGAGAAGAGACCCGAAUGAGAUGUGGAAUCCAUAGGUUUGCGAUAGGCGAAGUUUUAGCUAAAAUGAUUACAGAAGAUUUGCCAGUUCAGAUAGUAGAAGAAGUUAGCUUGGGAAUCCCAGAAACUGACUAUUUGAGUAAUAAGGAAAAUCCGCUAUUUUGGAUAAGAGUCGAGAAAAAUGAGUGCUUGGUUAAGGUGAGCUGCUGCAUGACAAAUUUUGAUGUGAAAAAAAUCAUUCCUGGCUUUGAAGUUUUCGCACAGGUGGAGGACACUGAAAAAAUGUUUUCUUAUCGAUUUUUGAGAAAUUUUGAAAGAAGAGAUGGAAUAGAAAUAAAGCCAUUAACUCUCCCCUCCUCCGUGAGUGAACAAAAAAAUUUUGUUCGCUCACGGAAGGGGGUUAAUUUUUUUUUAAAAACAAUUUAUAUAUAAAUUUUCUAAAAAAUAUUUUUUUCGAAUUUAAAAAAAUCCUAAUUCGCAAAAUUGGAAAGCAAAAUAUUAAUUUAAUUUGCAAAAUUUAUGUUUUAAAAAGCAAUUCGUUUAAAAUUAAACAGAAUUAGCUCUAGAUUUCAUAAUACUAAUUAUCAUUUAUAUAUCAAAAUUUUUUUUCCAUAAAAAAUUUUUCUAUUAAAAAAUUUUUGUUCACUCACGGAGGGUGGGUUUUUGGGCAAAAAAUAGCGAUUUUUCUAAUGGUUUGUUCACUCACGGAGGGGGGGAGUAAGCGAAGUGAAUAACCUCAUAAACGAAUUCGUAAGGAGCUCAACUCCAGCUAAACACUGCAUCAUGUCCGGGAUAUUAUGCCAUAUCGACAGAGAGUUUGUUUAUAAAUUUAUGCCUGAUGUCCUAAGUCAUUUGCAUUAUAGAAUUAUAGAUAUUGGAACAUUUUAUGAAGAAAUGAACAAAGAUAUACCAACAACACAAAAUUUAGUUGAAGACUUGCAGCUGUUCUUGAGCUUAAAACAGAAUUACUUUAAAUAA